AUGUCGGCAGUACGAGAGCCGCUGCUGCUGCUACCUCUGGCCCUCCUGGCACUUCAAGCAUCUCUGUGUCAUGGAGCCUGCGUGGAGGUGGACUCAGACACAGAGGCAGUGGCCAACAGAGGCUUCAAACUGGGCUGCAUCUCCUGUAAGAUGAGGGGGGAAGUGCGUGCUGUAGCCUCGGUCAACUGGUACUUCAAGGCUUCAGAUGAGACUGAGUUCCUACAUAUAUACAGCUAUAAAGAUAAUAUGGAAGAAAAAAUGGAAGAAAACAUCCAUGACGAACGUUUCAGCGGUCGACUGGAGUGGGCGGGCAGUAAACAGACCAAGGAUCUACAAGACGGCUCCAUCUACAUACGCAAUGUGACCUUCAAUGACACAGGAGUCUACAACUGCACAUUCAACCGCACCCUCAUGUACUCCAACUACGAGUUUACAACCAACACCAACAAGACUGUCGUCAUUAAAGUGGUGCCACGACUCACCAGGGGAAUAGCAUCCAUCUUGUCUGAGGUGAUGAUGUACGUCUCCAUCAUUGGCCUGCAGCUUUGGUUGGUGGUUGAGAUGAUUUACUGUUACAGGAAGAUUGCAGCAGCAGGCGAGGAAGCCCUGAGAGAGAGCGCGGCGGAGUAUUUAGCUAUAGCAUCGGAAAGUAAAGAUAAUUGUGCAAGUGAACAAGUGGCAGAAUAGCACCGG